CGUCGUUGUUUUGUUAAAUUUGAACAAGUUCUAAAAAGCGAAAAGUUUUUUUGUUUCCCUUUCAUUUAUAAUUGAAAAAAUUCUUCGAACACGAUUUUCAUUUACAAAUUUUUUUUCUUUCCAUUCUUCUUUGAUCUCUCGUUUACACUAAAGUCAUUUUUUUCUCAUUUUUUUGUUUGAUUGUUUUAUUUGAUUGAAAAUUAUUCAUUUUCCCGAAAUGAAAAAGAUGACGAAUUCAAAAUUGUUUGUUUUGUUUUCGUUAUUGACAUUCUUUAGUGAAUUUAUUUAUGCAAAAAUCUAUUUUCGUGAAGAUUUUAUUGAACCAGAUUGGCAAAAACGUUGGGUACAAUCGAAACAUCCGAAUAAAGAAUUUGGUGAUUUUAAAUGGACUGCUGGUAAAUUUUAUGGUGAUGUUGAAAAAGAUAAAGGUAUACAAACAUCACAGGAUGCACGUUUCUAUGCACUUUCUUCCAAAUUCGACAAUGAAGCAUUUUCCAAUGAAGGCAAAGAUCUUAUUAUACAAUAUUCAGUAAAACAUGAACAAAAUAUUGAUUGUGGUGGUGGUUAUAUAAAAUUAUUUGAUUGUGGUCUUGAUCAAACUGAUUUACAUGGUGAAUCACCUUAUCGUAUUAUGUUUGGUCCGGAUAUUUGUGGACCGGGAACAAAAAAAGUUCAUGUGAUAUUUAAUUAUGAUGGUAAAAAUCAUUUGAUUAACAAAGAAAUUCGUUGUAAAGAUGAUGUACAUACACAUCUUUAUCGUUUGGUUGUUAAACCGGAUAAUACCUAUAAAGUUAUGAUCGAUGGUGAAGUUGUUGAAAAAGGUGAAUUAGAAAGUGAUUGGAAUUUUUUGCCACCAAAAACAAUUAAAGAUCCUGAUGCAAAAAAACCUGAUGAUUGGGAUGAUCGUCCAAAAAUUGAUGAUCCAGAAGAUAAAAAACCCGAAGAUUGGGAUAAACCGGAAUUUAUACCAGAUCCAGAAGCAACUAAACCAGAAGAUUGGGAUGAUGAAAUGGAUGGUGAAUGGGAACCACCACAGAUUAAUAAUCCAGAAUAUAAAGGUGAAUGGAAACCAAAACAAAUUGAUAAUCCUAAUUAUAAAGGACCAUGGGUUCAUCCAGAAAUUUCAAACCCUGAAUAUAAAGCUGAUCCACAAUUGUAUUUGCAAAAAGAAAUCUGUGCUGCCGGUUUUGAUUUAUGGCAAGUUAAAGCAGGUACUAUUUUCGAUAAUGUACUUAUUACUGAUUCGGAAACUGAAGCCGAUGAAGUUGCUGAAGAUUUAUUGAAAAAUAGAAUUCCAGCUGAAAAGAAAAUGAAAGAAGAACAAGAUGCUGAAGAAGAAGCUAAACGUAAAGUAGAAGAUGAAGCUAAAAAAGCCGAUGAAGUGGAUAAAGAAUUGGAUAAAGAUGAAGAUGCUGAUUUGGAUGAUGAAGAAAAAAUUGAUGAAAAACAUGAUGAAUUGUAAAAACAUUUUUUUCAUAUAAUUUUUUUUUCUCUCUCCCAUUUGUAAUGUAAUCCAACCAAAAAAAAUAAAUUACAAAAACGCA